AUGAACGGAAUCUUCCCAGCCGACGUCGCGGUCUAUCUCGUGUUCUUUCCAAUUGUAUCCUAUAUUUUCAUGACCCACAGAUGGUCCGGUUUCCUACCAUGGUAUUAUCUCAUCGUCUUCUGCUUGGCUCGAAUUGUUGGCGGGGCGCUAGGAAUACAUGACAGCAACAGUCUCGCCGCAAACAUAAUCCAAAGCGUUGGCGUUUCACCUCUACUUCUCAGCGUUGAUGGAUUGAUUCAUGAAGCUCGAGUCUAUCGGUAUCCAUCCAAAAGUCAAAUUCUCGGUUGGUCGGUCGUAAUCGCUACAACAAGCAUCAUGGCUGCAGCCAUCGCCCUCUCCAUCGUGGGCGCCUUGAACAUCUACGAAGGCCACCCCAAGCCGGACAGUUACUCGUUUUGGAAAGCUGGGACAGCCUUGAUUGUCGUGCUCUGGAUUCUCCAAGUUUUUUGGUCACUGUUUUCAAUGCUUCCCCACAAAGAUAGGGCUCAGGGAUUAGCGGGUCAAGGCAGCACAGCUAUACACCCGGACUUCAUACUCAUCUUUUCUAAUGAUACCUCGCAGCUUCUUCAGGGUGCCUUUAUUGCACUGCUGUUCAUCGGCAUCCGCGUUAUCUAUACCCUCGUCGCUGUCUGCACUCGGAAAAAGGAUCUCAGUCCAGUGACUGGCUCAACUGCUGUGCGCGUGGUACUCUUGUUUCUCCCAGAGGCUCUUGCGACAUUGACAUUGAUUGUCGUGGGCUUGAGAACAAGACAUCUUCGAGACCUCAAACUAGCGACUCGUUAUUAG